AUGGAGGACUAUUGGGGCUCACAAAGCGCUAGCUUUUUUGGCAUGCAAUUCAAGAGCGGGGAGAUGCCAGUGUUUGGUCCUAGAACAAAUCAUAAAGCAGGAUUCCAGGGUUUCGAGAUCCCGUCCGCCUUCGACACCUUUACUCCACACCCAGUGACGCCAGCUGAAGUGGACUGCAGCAUACAGUCACCUGAUGUUUAUCAAACACACAACCUCGACUCGACAGUCUCCAUUAAUACUGCUCCUAUUUCGCCUUCGCCAUCCACCUCGGAUUCACAAGAAGGUCAGACCUUAAGCACAUGUGCAAGAGACAGGGAAAGCCAAAGCCAUGAAUUACAGACUAUGAGGCGACGAAUGCAAAAUCGCGACGCGCAGCGCCGAUUCCGCGGACGCAAAGAAGAGCGCUAUCAAACACUCCAGCAACGGUCGAGUGAACUCGAAGCAAAGUGCCAAGAGCUCUCAGAGAGAUUCAACCAAAAGUCUGAAGAGAUUGGAGUUGCUAUCCGGCUUACUGGGGGGCGAUUCAUUUUCGAUUACGGGUCCAAGCCUUUGCUCUUCAUCCUCACUGUCUGCAGUCAAAACUCAGCCGUUGGAUCUGCCGCUGGAAGAUUUGUUCGGGUGUCUGCAGGAGUUGCUGCUACCACACGAGACACCCGACAGCUCCUCCCCCCUUCGUUCUGCCACUUAGUCGAUUAA